AUACUGUUAUUAUUCGCAAUACGCGCAGAAUAGUAUAGUAAGCUAAUGUUCUACAUGUAAAUUACAUUGCAUGUCGUUCUUCUACAAUAUUGUAUAAAGCAUACAUUGUAAGAUGUACGAUUUGGCUAUUAUGCAUCAAUUAUUUACGCGUUAUGAAGCGGGGAAAAAAGAACUUAUAACACUCUAUUUGAAACGACGUAGCGCGCGAGGGAACGUCGUAAACGAAUAUAGAUUUAAAAAUUAUUGUGGUACCGUCAUAUUAUAUAGUAUUAUCGAUGAACUCCUCGAUCUAAAUUAUGACGAGCAAAAUAACUCCAAAAGCUGCUAUCGCGUUUACAAAAGCAAUAACCGCUCUGUGCUUUACGUGGCCACUUCCAAAGAGCGCUAGUAAAUUUCAAGUCAUACGCUUCAAAAUUUUACGCUUUUUACUCUGUAUAAAUUCAACGAUAUUGGCUGUGCCCGUAGCAUACACCCUUUAUCUUAAUGACUACGAUUUACCAAGAUUAACGAAGCUGUGGUGCUUGCUGGCUGCUUUCAUACAAGUCCCUCUGGAGACAACACAAUGUGCGCUGCAAUAUGAUCGAUUGCAAUAUUUGAUUUCGGAAAUGGAACAUAACAUUGAGUGCGCCGAACCGUACGAGAAAAUACUUUACCAACGAUACGUCGAUAAAUGCGUGAUAUUUUACGCAAGCGCUACAGCGUCAGUUUUCUUCGGUGCGGUUCUAACAAUAAUCGCGCCAUUCAUAGAGGCCAAUCAUAUCUUCCCGUCAGAUGCAAAGUAUCCUUUCGAGGUAGAACAUGAGCCAGUGAAGCUUAUUAUCUAUCUACAUCAGUUCGUCGUCGUUUGGCAGUGCUUCUCCACCGUUUGCCUGUGUAGCUUUGUCGGUCUUCUCAUAUGGUUCGCCGCAGCGCGUUUUGAAAUCUUAUCGCAACAAUUUCGUAUGAUCACCGACCUUUACGGCAUGAUCGUGUGCAUACGGCAACAUAUGAAAUUGAUAAGAUAUACUCAAGAAAUAAUAAAUGCUUUACGUUCAGUAAUAUUAUCAAUAAUAAUUAUUUGUACGUGGGUGAUUCUAGCUUGUGGCUUAACAAUUGUGAGCAAAAGUACGUUAGCGGACAAAAUACAAUUCUUCAGUUUAUGCAUAGCUGGACUUCUGGAAGUUUAUGCAUGUGUAUGGCCAGCUGAUCAUUUAAUAGACAUGAGCACCAGUGUUGCGCAAGGAGUUUAUGAAUCGCUGUGGUACAAUCAAGACAAGAUUUUUCAAAAGAAUUUACUAUUUGUCUCGAAGAGGAGUCAAAUACCAAUAGUCGCCUCUGUUUCCUCUAUCCUUCCAGUUUUAUCAUUAGAAUUUUACGCAUCGUAUGUAUCAACAGCUUUUUCUUAUUUAAUGACAAUGCGAAUAGUAUUUGUGGAGGACAAUUAAGUCAAGAAUUAAAUUUUAAACCUGUGUAAGUUCCUCCAAUUUUUAUUUAUACCAAAAUUAUUACAUUUUGCAUAACAGAAGAUCUAGUAGAAGAUAGUAUUGUUAGCAUAAAAACUUGGAAUAUACUUAUAGCUCUUUUUUCACAUUAGUAAAUACUAAUUGGCAUACAUCACAAAAUAAAAACAGUUAGUCUAUUAA